ACUAUGUCCCACCUAUACCCAGCACUGACCCCGGAGCAGAAGAAGGAGCUGUCUGACAUCGCUCACCGAAUUGUAGCUCCGGGCAAGGGCAUCCUGGCUGCAGAUGAAUCCACCGGAAGCAUUGCCAAGCGCCUGCAAUCCUUUGGUAUUGAGAACACCGAAGAGAACCGGCGCUUCUACCGCCAGCUGCUGCUGACUGCUGAUGACCGUGUGAAUGCCUGCAUUGGGGGCGUGAUCCUCUACCACGAGACACUGUACCAGAAGACGGAUGAUGGAUGUCCCUUCCCGCAAAUUAUCAGAUGCAAAGGCGGUGUUGUGGGCAUUAAGGUAGACAAGGGCGUGGUGCCCCUGGCGGGCACUAAUGGCGAGACCACCACCCAAGGGCUAGAUGACCUGUCUGAGCGCUGUGCCCAGUACAAGAAGGACGGAGCCGACUUUGCCAAAUGGCGUUGUGUGCUGAAGAUUGGGGAACACACCCCUUCAGACCUUGCCAUCAUGGAAAAUGCCAACGUCCUGGCUCGUUAUGCCAGCAUCUGCCAGCAGAAUGUCAUUGUACCCAUUGUGGAGCCCGAAAUCCUCCCUGAUGGGGACCAUGACUUAAAGCGCUGUCAGUAUGUAACUGAGAAGGUACUGGCUGCUGUCUAUAAGGCUCUGAGUGACCACCAUAUCUAUCUGGAAGGCACGCUGCUGAAGCCCAACAUGGUCACCCCAGGCCACUCUUGCACCCAGAAAGUUUCCAGUGAGGAGAUUGCCAUGGCAACUGUCACAGCACUUCGUCGCACAGUGCCUCCUGCUGUCCCUGGGGUCACUUUCCUGUCUGGAGGGCAGAGUGAGGAAGAGGCGUCCAUCAAUCUCAGUGCUAUCAACAAGUGCCCCCUGCAGAAGCCGUGGGCCUUGACUUUUUCCUUUGGCCGAGGCCUGCAGGCUUCUGCCCUAAAGGCCUGGGGUGGGAAGAAGGAGAACAUGAAGGCUGCCCAAGAAGAAUACAUUAAGCGUGCCCAGGCCAACAGCUGUGCUUCUUUAGGAAGGUACAAUCCAAGAAGUCAGUCAGGGGCGGCAGCCAGUGAAUCCCUCUUCGUCUCUAACCAUGCCUACUGAGUAGAGGUGGCCUAA